CAAAAGUUCUUUUAUAAAUCCUCAUUUAAAAAAUUAAAAAUUAAAAAAUAAAAAUAAAAAGACCAAAAGGUCCGUACUUUUACACACGACAGGUCGUCGGUGGGUGAAUUAAAUUUAAGCGAAGAAACAAAAUGGAGCCAAAAGUGAAGCCCAAAAUUCAAAAUUCAAAAUUCAGUUGAUGGUUCGGCUUCAAACCCAAACUGCCAAUCGCGUCUUCGCUCCAAAAACCUAUCAUCACCCUGAUUCCUCAGAUUUCGUCUCCAAAAAGCAACAAUGCCUCUCUCUCUUCAAGAUCUGCUCCUCCAUCAAACAGCUCUCUCAGAUUCACGCUCAACUCCAUCUCUCUGGGCUUCAGGGAGACACAUUUCUUCUCACACAGCUAGUCCGCUUCUGCGCCUUAUCUCCCUCCAAGGAUUUGAACCAUGCCCGAACCAUCCUCCAUCGUUCCGACCAUUCACCGCCUUCUUCCUGGAACAUUCUCAUCAGGGGCUACGCCUCCAGCGAUUCUCCGACCGAGGCCAUCUGGGUUUUCCGUGAAAUGCGUUGCCGCGGAAUCAGACCCAAUAAACUCACCUUCCCUUUUCUUCUCAAGGCCUGCGCUACUAUUAUGGCACUUAAAGUAGGGAGGCAAGUGCAUGCGGAUGUUUUUAAGCGUGGUUUGGACGGCGAUGUUUAUGUACAGAACAACUUGAUUCAUUUUUACGGGUGUUGUAAGAAGAUUUCGAAUGCACAAAAGCUGUUCGAUGCAAUGUCUGUCAGAACUCUUGUUUCGUGGAAUUCAAUUAUAACAGCUUGUGUUGAGAAUUCUUGCUUCGAUAAUGGGAUUGGGUAUUUCUUGAGGAUGAGAAAUUGUGGGUUUCAACCAGACGAGACUACAAUGGUUGUCAUGCUUAAUGCAUGCGCCGAGCUUGGUAACUUGAGCUUAGGGAGAUGGGUUCAUUCACAAACGAUCCAAAGAGAAUUGGGUUUGAAUUGCCAAUUGGGUACUUCCCUUGUAGACAUGUAUGCCAAGUCCGGGGCUUUAGAUUAUGCUACAAAAGUGUUUGAUAGUCUAGGGGAGAGAAACGUUUGGACAUGGAGUGCAAUGAUUCUAGGACUAGCUCAACAUGGGUUUGGCAAUGAAGGUCUUGAACUUUUUGCAAAGAUGAUGAAGUCCUCCAUAUGCCCGAACUAUGUCACCUUUCUUGGGGUUCUAUGUGCUUGCAGCCAUGCCGGACUGGUGCAAGAUGGAUACCAAUAUUUUUAUGAUAUGGAACAUGUCCAUGGGAUUAAACCCAUGAUGAUACAUUAUGGUGCCAUGGUAGAUAUCUUAGCUCGUGCUGGUCGCCUAAGUGAGGCUUAUGCAUUUAUAAAUAACAUGCCCUUUGAGCCGGACCCCAUCAUAUGGAGGACUUUGCUCAGUGUAUGCUGUAACUGUGAUGUUAAAGACAAUGAGGGGAUAGGAGAUAAGGUUAGAAAGAGGCUGCUCAAUUUGGAGCCAAGGAGGGGUGGGAAUUUGGUGAUGGUGGCAAAAAUGUAUGCUGAAGUAGGGAUGUGGGAGAAAGCGGCUAAUGUAAGAAGGUUUAUGAGAAGCGGAGGAUUGAAGAAGUCUGCUGGGGAGAGUUGCAUAGAGUUAGGUGGGUCGAUUCGUAGGUUCUUCUCUGGCUAUGAUCCUCAAACUGAUUAUGAGGGUAUCUACCAGAUGCUAGACGAACUGAAUUUACACAUGAAGAUGGUUAACCUGUAAUUCAGCUCUCCUUUUGUCAAUUUUUUUUUUAUUUUUUUAUUUUUUUUUAUUUUUUUUUUCUUUUGGAAAUGUGAAAAUUGGAAUAGCAAAGAGCUGAGCAUUUUCGUUGUCUUGAAAAAAAAAAAAUAAUAAUAAUAAUAAUAAUAAUAAAAAGAGGUGAGAUUUAUGAGAAAUAUCACUCAUAUUAAGAUUUUAAUGUCUACUUUCUCUUGAUAUGAAAAUUGGCUUCUUUGAAUCUUUCAACGAUUAUGAAACGGCAAAUUAAUUGUUUCAUAAACCCUUUGAUUUGACCAGCUUCAUGUGUAAGAACAUGUGUUCAAAUAGUCAAAUCAUCCGACAGUUGCUUCGCAUGAAACCGAGACAUCACUGGGGCAUAGAUAAUUUAAAGCCUCACACAUGCGUUGGUAAUGAAUAGAGCCUUAUUUUUAGCCCUUUACAUGUAUAUAGAAGUUUUUUUGGGGGCAUAUAUAUAUAUAUAUAUAUACAGUCUUGUUGGAGCAAAUUUUCCCUACCGCAGAGAGUUGUACUCUCUUCACUGAUGGACCCUUUUUAUGAAACUUACCUCCUAAGAAACAGCUUGUUAUAAAAUUGCUAAGCAGAUCUUAUAAAAAAUCCAUCGCAGUAAAAAUACAAUAACAACCACAACAACCAAAAAAAAAAAAAAAGGAGAGAGAAAGAAA